AAAGAAAUGGAAAAGAAAAAGAAAAUCAAGCCCCUGGAAGAGGCGGUGGGGGGCGGGGGGUUAUCGUUAAUUGUCCGGCGGGAACAGCAAGAACCAGACCGGUUUCAAGAUGAUUCUUCUGAUUCCACGACCAUCGUCAUCUUCUUCUUUACUCAAAAUCGAACGGAAGAAAUUGAACCGUUUAAAUUUGAUCAGUACCAGCAAUUCACCCUUUACGAAUUAUGGUAAUCAUAAACCGUUCAAAUUCAAUUCCAUAUCCUGUUCAAUCAAACUAUCAACUUCACUCAAUUCAAUUAAGCCCUACGUCCAAUCGGAAUGGAAAUCGAUUGUCAAGGGCUGGAUUUGCAGCGGUGUUUCGGUUUAUUCGCUAUCUAGAAUCGUACCCAGAGUAGGGAAAUUCUCUGCCGUGAUGAACGUCGAAAGUUUGAGGCAGGAGGGUUUGAUAAUCGGGGUUUUGUUUUUGGUUCGGUUGGUAUCCAGUUACUUGCAACAGUCUUUGCUUUGGGAGGCUUCGCUUCGGUCGGUGUAUAAGAUGAGGGUCUGUGUGUUUGAGAGGGUGUUGCAGAGAGAUUUAGGGUUUUUGGAAGGUGGUUCGGGAAAAUCAGUUGGUGAUGUUUCCUACAGGAUUACUGCCGAGGCUUCAGAUGUAGCUGAUACCAUUUACGCUCUAUUAAAUACCAUUGUACCCAGUUCACUGCAGUUAUUAGCAAUGGCAACUCAGAUGUUGGUUAUUAGCCGUGCUCUCUCGUUAGUUUCUGCCUUGGUGAUUCCUUUGAUAGCCUUGGUAAGUGCAUAUUUUGGUGAAGAGCUUCGUGAAAUAUCAAAUAAAGCUAAUUUCAGUAUUGCUGCUAUCUCAGCUUAUCUGAAUGAGGUUCUCCCAUCAAUCCUCUUUGUGAAGGCAAAUAAUGCAGAAUACAGUGAACUUAUGAGGUUUGAGAGGCUUGCUCAUGCUGACCUAUAUGGACGUUUAAACAAGAAGAGAAUGAAGGCCUUGGUUCCUCAGAUGGUACAAGCAACCUUUUACGGGGUGCUACUUCUGAUUUUCAUUGGCUCAUUGAUGGCUGCAAGUGAUUUUCUUGAUUUUUCCGGUGUGGUUUCGUUCAUAACAUCAUUGGUUCUCUUGAUUGAGCCAAUUCAGGAAGUGGGAAAAGCAUACAAUGAACUAAAGCAAGGAGAGCCUGCAAUUGAGCGCUUGUUUCAGCUGUCAAGUUUCAAGCCCAAGGUUAUUGAGGAAAUAAAUGAAGUUCAUGUAGAGUCUGUUGCAGGAGAGGUAAAAUUCUGUGAAGUCUCGUUUAGAUAUGGUGACAGUCUGCCUUUCAUAUUGAACAAGUUGGAUCUUCAUGUCAAAGCUGGAGAGACGGUUGCUCUUGUGGGUCCCUCAGGGGGAGGAAAGACGACUCUUGUAAAGUUGCUUCUUCGCCUCUAUGAUCCUCUAUGUGGUCAUAUUCUCAUUGAUAACCGUGACAUCCGGAGUAUCUCUUUGGAAAGCUUAAGAACGCAUGUUGGACUGGUUACUCAAGAUACAACACUUUUUUCAGGGACAAUAGCCGAAAACAUUGGGUACAGAGAUCUGAUGACUAAAAUCGAUAUGGAGAGAGUAAUGCUUGCAGCACAAACUGCAAAUGCAGAUGAAUUCGUUGGAACUCUUUCUGAAGGAUAUGCGACAAAUAUUGGGCCUCGGGGCUCACUUUUAAGCGGAGGGCAAAGGCAAAGACUAGCUAUUGCCAGGGUUCUUUAUCAGAAUCCUUCUAUUCUAGUUUUAGAUGAAGCAACUUCUGCCCUGGAUACGAGGUCUGAGAUGUUAGUGAGACAAGCUUUGCAGCGCUUAAUGAAAAAUCGUACUGUUAUUGUGAUUGCCCAUCGCUUGGAAACUGUUCUAAUGGCGGAACGAGUUUUUCUUCUAAACGAUGGAAAACUGCAGGAGAUAUCCCGUUCGUCCCUCCUAGUUGAACAACAUGAUUCGUUGGCAUCAAGUGGACUUGUGAUAUAGUUAUAUGACGUAAAAGAAGUCAGCAUCCCUUUUGCUGUGAAAAGGAACUUGAAAUUAUGGCGUGCAGAAAGAUCCAAGUUAUGCGCAAAAAUGCAGGUUUUUCCGUCCAUUUGUCCCAUCAUCAUUGGUCUUCCCUUUGGAACAUUCGAGAUUAUGUUAAUAAUAGUCGAUUAGCAAUGUUGUUUACCGCUUAAUCGGGUUGUUGACAAGGAUGGAAUUUGGUUUUUAGUAAAGUUAUAUCAGGCACCUUUGAGUGUGUUUAAGGGCAAA